AUGUGGAAUCCAUUGCCAUUAUCAUCACUUCCUCUCAAAAUAACAUUUAUCAUCUUUUUCUCUCCCACUGCUUCUUCUUCGUCUUACUCUCCUCCAACCCCCAACCCCCGUUAUCAUUACAUCUCAAUUCCGAAAGUCAACUCUAAGAAACCCUCAGUGACCACCGCCACCGCUGGAGACAUACUCGCACUCCUUGGCACAUCUCAGCAGGCUGUAUCCGUCGACCCCCAAGUUGUUGUUGAACUUCAAUCCUGCUUCAAGUUCAUCAUUCCUUUUAAUCCUACUACCAACACUCCACCUGAUUACCAUUUCAAUUUAAUAAAUCGGUUGAGUCAAUCCCUAACCGAAUCGGGAAUUCGACCACCGCCACUGCUGGAGACAUACUCGCACUCCUUCCCUAAUUCUUCACCCACCCUUCUUCUUUUUCUUCCCCAUUUCUUUCUCUGA